CUAUUUAAAAUGUGUACUGAAUCACACAAGCGCUCACUCGGCGAGACGUCUACGAAGGAGCGUGAACUCAAUUCGAUUUGAGCGCUUCAUUUGUUAACACGCUGCAAAAUGAAAUACAAAGACUGGAAGUUCCGCGCUGUUUUUAUCGGGAUUUUAGUGAUUAGCAAUAAUCUUAUCGUCCAGGGAUUUCCGAACAAUGGCUGCGCUUUGAGAUACAAGAAGCAUGUGGACGAUAAGCCCAACUUCUUCCUGAUGACCAAUACUAUACCGGGCAUCUGUCGGAUCCAACACGAGGACAAUUCGACGAUGAACUAUCACCAGGACCGCAAGUACGUAGAGGAGAUAUACCCCCAAACCGUCAUUGGUGGCUUGAACUACGACUCACGUAAUGGCACGAUCCUCUACUGGGCCAAAAUCGCCAACGUGGACCACUCGCGCCUCUACAAAGUCCGACUAAACGACAGCCACUGGGAGUCGGUGCUGGACCAGGACGAUGACUUUCGGGACAUGUCCUACGACUGGGUGUCCAAGAACCUGUACAUCAUCAUGGGUGUGCGCAACCUCAUGGUCGCCGUGAACGUGGAGAACCCCUGGAGUCCUAGUGUUGUCAUGUACGACAGGUCUCAGCUAACCAGUUUGGCUGUACACCCGAACAAGGGUUACCUCUUCUUCGUGGAACAGAGCCACUGGUACGGUGUACGCAACAAGAUCCACCGGGCACACCUGGACGGUUCGAAUGUUAUCGAGUUCAAUCGCACUGGCACCGAUCAGCGCUACUACAUCGCCAGCAUCGUCAUUGACUUUUACACCGACAGACUGUACUGGAGCGUCCCAGGAAUGGACAAGAUACAACACUCCAGUCUCGAUGGUACGGACGUCAGGACGAUCACAGGAGUCCGAGUGUACUCUGGCCAACUGGAUCUGGCUUCACGAGUCCUGGCACUGGACAAGCACUACGUCUACUACAGAAGCUCGGAAAGUAACUCCGUGAAGAGGAUAGAGAAGACGAGUGAAGCUAAAGAUGCUGAUUACGAGUUGGUGAACCAGGACCAGGCACCCAUCACCGAGAUCAUGGCGUUCACCUUCAAAACACAAAAAAUCAGGAGAGAACAUCCGUGCUCGGAUGGCACAGGUGGUUGUGAGAAGUUCUGUUUUGCUGUGCCGUAUAACGACGGGCUAAAGAGGGUCUGCAAGUGCAGUUAUAGUGAAGUGGUCGCAGUCGAUGGUGUUUCCUGUGUGAAAAAGAGACACUCAGUGGGACGCUAAAUUCGCGACGUGACUGUGCAGUGAUAUUUUUUUUAAAAAAUUGGAAAACUGAGAAACUCUUAUUCAAUGCAAUAUUUAAGAUGGACGAUCGUGACACGUGUCAGUAAGACUAUCAAUAUUUUGUUCCUUAAUUAGAGAAAUGAAUGUAUGCGACGUCUGUAUGUUAUAUUAUAUGAUUUAUGUAGAACACGUGCAUUAGGUAGAUAAAUUAUUCAACAUUUUUUACUCUAAAAUUGAAACGAUAAUCACAACUGACGCAAAUUAAGUGUAUAUUUAAAUAUUUAGAAUUUCUAUUGACCCAAUAAAUGUGAUAUACCAAGAAA